UAAAACAUCUUUCAUGCAGGGCUGGAUCUAGCCUGUCUGAUGGGGGCAGAGGAUGAGAGAUCAGCAGGGCAGAGGACACAGGUCACUUCUGGCAGUGCAGAAGUUAGGGGUCACUGCUGGCAGGGCAGAGGACAGGGGUCACUGCUGGCAGGGCAGAGGACAGGGGUCACUGCUUGCAGGGCAGAAGACCGGGAUCACUGCUGGCAGGCAGAAGACAGGGGUCACUGCUGGCAGGGCAGAGGACACGGGUCACUGCUGGCAGGGCAGAAGACAGGGGUCAUUGCUGGCAGGGCAGAGGACAGGGGUCACUGCUGGCAGGGCAGAAGACGGGUCACUGCUGGCAGGGCAGAGGGCAGGGGUCACUGCUGGCAGGACAGAUGACAGGGGUCACUGCUGGCAGGGCAGAGGACAGGGGCACAGCUCUUUUUCCCAUCCCUGCACUGCACACAGCCUGGGCACAAGCAGCAGAGCUGCCACACCUCCC